UUUCCGGAUUUCUGGCUAGGAAUAUUAAACUAAAAAGUUCUGAGAAAGAAAGAAGAGGUAAAGGGUCAGCAACGUGAAAAGUUCCAAUGGUCAGUUGGUGGAAAAAAAAGAGGAAAACAAUUAGACGCGCAUCUUUAAUUUAAGAGAAGAAUUUACGCGACAAAAUGAAGCGGCCUUGGACGGUUCAAAUCGGCCGUUUCAGAGUAGCAGCCGUUUCGAAGUAGUUUCAGAGUAGUGUUUUAAAGUUGAAUCGGGCCGUUUCUCGUUUUUUUUUUAUUUAUUUGGCUUGAAAACCAAUUGAUAAAUAAUUUUUGUUUUAUUUUUAGCCUUAAACAUUCUAAGUUUCAAAUGCUUAAAAAUUUUCAUCCCAUAGACCAACAACGUUAUUUUGACCGUAACCAGUUUUCAGCCACGGAAUUGAAUAGAUUUUUUGACAUGGGUCUUGAAAGCAUUUCUCGAGGAAAGUUAGCCGUGAUAACACUUGCUGGUGGACAAGCUAGUCGACUUGGAUCUUCCCUUCCAAAAGGCGUUAUUAACCUGGGAACUGGACUUGGGGCAGAAAAUGAUUCUCUUCUGUUUUUACAAGCUUGUCAAAUUAGCUAUCUCCAAAAGAAGGCUAAAGGAAGAGUUAUUUGGUUAAUAAUGACGAGCAACUCGACAGAUGCAAAAAUACGUGAACAUUUGGAUAUUAUCUUGAAAACGACAAAUUUGGAUUGGAAAAAUGUAAUGGUUUUUACUCAAAAUGAAAUUCCUGCUCACAAUUUUGAUGGUCAACCUCUUUUAUCUGCACCUGAUCGGCCUGUCACUUCACCAGAUGGAAAUGGCGGCAUUUAUCAAGCAAUUUCGCCAAAGCUUCCAGAACUUGAAGAAAUGGGAAUUGAAUACUUUCAUGUUUAUUGUGUUGACAAUAUUCUCUGUCGUGUUCCAGAUUUACAUAUGAUUGGUUUUGCUGUUGAUAAAAAGGCGGAUUGUGUUUUGAAGGUAAUCGAGAAGAAGGAUCCUUCAGAAAAAGUUGGCCAUGUCUGCGUUGAAGAUGGAAAACUCAAAGUAUUAGAAUAUUCAGAAAUUCCAAAAGAACUGGCUGAAAAGCGUGAUCCAAAAUUUCCGGAGAAAUUGUUCUUCCGUGCUGGAAAUAUUGCCAAUCACUUUUUUACUCUCGACUUUCUUAGAAAAGCAUGUUUGGAAUUUGAUUUUCUGCCUUAUCAUGAAGCACGCAAACGUAUACCUUAUUGGGAUCCUGUCACUGGAAAAAACGUUCAACCAACUUGUGAGAAUGGCAUAAAGAAGGAACGUUUUAUUUUUGAUGCUUUUAUUCAUUCAAAAAAUUUUAUGGUCUGGCAAGUGCCCCGUGAAGAAGAAUUCAGUCCAUUGAAAAAUCCAGACUCUGCAGGUGUUGAUUGUCUCUCAACUUGUAUUCGUGACUUUACCUCUGUUAAUGGAAAUGUGAUUAGAGAAAUGGUUAAAGAAUUUUGUAAGAAGGAAUGAACAGAUUUUAAUUAAUGGUUGUUUUUUAGUAUUUAUUUGAUUUUUAAAUUUCUAUUUAUUACGGGAAUAAUUUGUCGGCUUUUCACUUCACUUAGGACUUUCUAUUGUUUUUCACGUUUUUCUACUUAUAUGUUGAUAUUAGGCUAUUUAUGCGAAACGACACUUGUGACUCACUAUUGG